AUGGCCCCCAAACAAAACGCUUUCGACCAGAAGAAAUCCGCUAUACUAUCAGAAAUUAAAUCUGUGUCGCCUGACUUGUCUCCAAAGGGUUCAAUUGACGAGUUAUGUCUGCCAAUAAUACAUCUAAUAAAUUCCCAUGAGGAUAUGGUGACGACAUCGUCGUGCUCCGGGAGGCUAAGCGUCUUUGCAGAAGGCUCUAAAGAUGUGAAGUCUAAGAUUGGUGGGAAGGGAGACGGUGGGAAAUGGCUUUUUGUUACGCAUGAUAAGAAUGCUGUAAGUGACUGGACUUCUCAAUUCAACUUUACCGUGGCUAAAGAUAUGAGAACGGAUUCCACGACAAGGUACAUUCUUUACAAGUACGAACCGUUCAUAUUGCACGUGAAGUGUAGAGAUUUUGCGAGUGCAUCCCAAUUAUAUAACACUGCCAUGUCUUGUGGAUUUAGAGAAAGUGGCAUUGGGUCCAAUCACAUUGUUGCCGUGCGCAUUAGCAUCAAACUGGACGUGCCGAUCGGUACUUUCCUAGAUGAUCAAUUGCAGCUGUUUGUUGAAGAGAGGUAUCUGUCUAUGCUGAACAACAUAACGUUGAUGAAGUUUCAGGAUAAUGAGAGGAAGAUGCGCGAAUUAUACGACAAGAUCCAAAAUGAGAUUAUUGGGAAGCCUUUGCAAGAAACGACAGCGCAACCCGAAACAAAGGCUGAAAGGUUCGAAAGGAAACGGAGGGAAGGGUUGGAGAGGCAACGCCAACUACAGAAAUGA